AUCAUGAUAAAUAGAUUGGAACUACAGGCACAAUUUAUCAAGUAAUUUAUAAUCUUUUUAAUGAUCAACACAGAUUUCAAGGCCUACAACAAAAUUGUUAAAAAGAAAAGAUAACUCUUCCCGGGACCAACGCUGAUGUCUCCAAGUUCAUUUGCGUUACCGCAGAAAUCGUAAUUCAACCAAGAAACUGGUUCUAUAAACAAACCCCCUAUUUGGCGAAUAGCUGGAAGAAAAAGGGCCUCGUAGGGAUUUUACUGAAGACAAUCCUUCACAACUUAUCGAAAAAAAAAUACACAUGACCAAGAGGCAAAAAAUCUCAUGGAAGCGUUACGCUAGGAGAUGAGAAUACGUCUUUCAAGAAAAAUACUUGUAUGUCUAGAGGCUAAAACUGAUGUUGAUACGCUUAAAAAUGAAUGCUUAAGUAGUUCCCGCGUCGAAAGAGGACUUGUUACAGAAGCGGAAAAAAAAAAGGCUAACUUACAAGCAACGACAAUUGAAAUUUUUUUGAAACUCCAGAAGAAGCCAAACUUUCUCUACUGGACAGAAUUUGUGGCCGAUAACUUUGAUAGUAUAUUGGCCGAUACCAAGCAUACAUUCAAGGGAAAAUUAAAAGAAACAAAAGUUGUUGAAUCUCCUGUCAUUCCUAUUGUUAAUGUACCUGAUGUAUCUUCAGUCACGGAUGAUGUACCUUUAUUACCAAAGAAGGAUGAGAAUCAUACUCGAGUCUGUACCGUUUCUUUCAACUCAAUAAAGCGCAAAGAUAUUGAGACUGAUAUCCAGCAGCAUAUAGUUGAUAUUCUCAAACAAACAAUGGAGGAAGUAUCGGACUACACUACAAACUAUGGAAUACAACUUUUUAAACUUUUUCUGUUGAUGAAUGAUCACACUUUUGCCAUCUCCAACAAUACGGAUAUUUCACUGGUCAAAUCAGAAGGCGCUGAAUUAUCAUCUAUAUUACCUCCUAAAUUCAAACCUGAAAUUACUAAUAAAUCGAGUUGCACCGCCAUUAUCAAGAAAUUGUCUGGACUCUGAUUUUUUCAACAAGGAAUACCGAAACUUGUUUAAUAUGAGUCAUUUACAAUUGAUAAAUUCAACUUAUUUUGGUCAAAGGGGGUACUCUAAC